AUGGAGGCUCAUAAACGCAAAUUAGGUGAAGAUUCUCACGAGUACACAAAGUAUCAACGUACUUUGAUCAUUCAACCUGGCUCCACUUUCAUUCGCAUUGCUCAAUCUGACGCUGAUAAACCCCUUUUGAUUCCUUCGAUUAUUGCCCGUAAGAAGAGCGUUGAGAGUGAUAGUAGGGGUAGCAGCAGCUCUCACUCUCCCCACACCUCCCUCAACACCUCGCAAUACACCACCACACUCUCCGCCAUAUCUAAUGACCUCAACAAUGCUCUCAAAGCUAACAAGUUAGUUUCAAAUCCACAGGGCCAGUCGCAAUCCAUCUCCUUCAAUCAGCAGGUUGUUCCUGAAGUCCUCCCAAGCCACCUUAACUCGUCCGAUCAAUACAUUGACUCAAACAUCGACAGCUCCUUUCUUCCUUCUGUCUUAGUUGGCGAGAAUGUCUUCAAACUAACUGAUAGUGCAAAACAGUUCUACGAUAUAAAACGACCUUUCCUUGGCGGCGAUUUUAACACACAAGAUUACUCCUCACUCAGUCUCCUUCUCGCAGAUAUAGAUACUCUACUCUCAAACAUUCUUACCAACAUUUUCAUCUAUCCCCUCUCUCACUGCCAGAUUGAAAUCCAAAUUGAUAAGGAUGUUGUAUACGCUAACAAUCAUUCUCAACAACAUCUAAACCCAACUACCUACCCAGAACCACGCUUAGAUGAAUCUUCUCUUAAAUUUACAAACUACACGCCUAUCCCUUAUCUAAAUACAAAGAACGUUUCCUCUAAUUACCUGAAAUCUGAUAAUCAAUCGUGGUCUUCAAACAAGUAUAUUCAACUAUCCAUUAACGAUAGAAUGGAGGCUCAUAAACGCAAAUUAGGUGAAGAUUCUCACGAGUACACAAAGUAUCAACGUACUUUGAUCAUUCAACCUGGCUCCACUUUCAUUCGCAUUGCUCAAUCUGACGCUGAUAAACCCCUUUUGAUUCCUUCGAUUAUUGCCCGUAAGAAGAGCGUUGAGAGUGAUAGUAGGGGUAGCAGCAGCUCUCACUCUCCCCACACCUCCCUCAACACCUCGCAAUACACCACCACACUCUCCGCCAUAUCUAAUGACCUCAACAAUGCUCUCAAAGCUAACAAGUUAGUUUCAAAUCCACAGGGCCAGUCGCAAUCCAUCUCCUUCAAUCAGCAGGUUGUUCCUGAAGUCCUCCCAAGCCACCUUAACUCGUCCGAUCAAUACAUUGACUCAAACAUCGACAGCUCCUUUCUUCCUUCUGUCUUAGUUGGCGAGAAUGUCUUCAAACUAACUGAUAGUGCAAAACAGUUCUACGAUAUAAAACGACCUUUCCUUGGCGGCGAUUUUAACACACAAGAUUACUCCUCACUCAGUCUCCUUCUCGCAGAUAUAGAUACUCUACUCUCAAACAUUCUUACCAACAUUUUCAGUUUCACUCUCUCCGACAUAAAAUCGCUCAGCAUUGCUCUCAUCAUUCCCAACAGCUACACUGCCACUUAUGUCACUGAAAUGACCAACGUUAUCCUCAAUCUCGUUGGGUGUAAGCAGAUCCUUCUAAUACAGGAGGCAAAUGGUACAGCUUUCGGUUGCGGUUUAUCUAGCGCCUGUGUUGUCGACAUAGGUGCCCAGAAAACCUCUAUCGCUUGUGUAGAAGAAGGUGUCGUCAUACCUGAGAGUCGAAUGGAACUUGCUUAUGGUGGUGACGAUAUUACCCUCUUCUUCCACCAGUUACUCAUUGACGCCGCUUUCCCAUACCAGCCUACCAACAUGGCUGACGCGGGUGAUUGGAAUAUAUUUGAGAAUCUCAAGGAGAGGGCGUGCACGUUGAACGAGAGCGACCUCGCUAUCACGACUCACGACUUUAUCGUGCGCAAACCUAACGAGAAUAGCAAAAAGUAUAGCGUCAGAGUUUACGAAGAUGGUAUUAAGGCUCCUAAUUUGCUGUUCCAUCCACAGCUAGUCAACUUUUCGGAAAAACACCGCGCAUCGCACAAGUUGUGGGGAGAUGCACCUCAAACUCUCGACAUUGGUAGCGGGAGUGUUAGUCAAGCGAUGCAGAUCUCGACAAUAAACAGAGUAGGCAGUAUUGAGAAAGAUAAGAAGGGUGCGAGAGGCAAAGAGAAAUAUACCACAGAGAAGACCAGUAUGGAAUGUGAGAAGGAUAAAGAUGUAUUGAUCGAGUCGUCGAAAUUGCCUCUGCAUCUAGCCAUCCUCAAUUCCAUCUCCACAACGACAACGGAAGAGCGCAUCAAGAAGUUCUGCACCUCGCUCGUCCUAACAGGAGGAGGAGGACAUUUGAAGGGAGUAAACCAAGCAUUGGAGGUUAAGUUGAAGGAUGCGUUACAGCUGUCACCUCAAUAUGGCUUCGUCGAUCGUGUCCAACACGUUCCACCUCCUAAAGAUGUACAUAGCCAAUUCCUCGCGUGGUGUGGAGUCUCGACGCUCUCCAAGCUUGAAGUAGCGAAUGAGCUAUGGGUAGGUGUUGAAGAUUUUAACGCGCUCGGAUUGAAGGCACUCAAAGACAGGACGUAUUUAUUGUCAUUUUGGUUUGUCAACAGUGCAAGUCUAGAACCGCGGUGUUGGAUUGAGUCAAUCCGCGACGAUCGAUCAAUGCGCACACUGAACCCAUUCAAAAUACUCGAUAAGAAAUUCUGUCGCGCGUCACAGUCAGAGCGGUGGCUUGCGCGUCUACCUGCGCCAAUUUCGCAUUUCCUAGGCUAUCGCAGCGUGGACACUGACAUCCCAACGCCGCUAUUCCCCGCCUUCCGCAAGAUACCUAAUGAAGUGGAGACGCUGGUAUUUGGAUGGAUUGGAUCUUUUGUCGGUAUAGCACUGCUAGUUGGUGUAUUCAGCUACAGCGACAGCCUGGUAGGGUGGAAUCCCUAUGUGGUACCAUCGAUGGGUGCAUCCUGUGUCCUUCUCUUUGGAUCGUUUGAGAGCCCUUUAGCACAACCGCGUAAUCUGGUUUUCGGUCAUUUCCUUAGUGGAUUGACAGGCGUGAUAUUCCAGCGGUUGUUCGCUCUCAACGACGGCUAUACCCCGAGCACAACCGUAUUCCCAGAUGCAAUGGAGGUAGGACAGCUGACGUGGCUCGCUGCUAGUCUUGCCACUGGCACUGCUGUCGUCGUCAUGCAGAUCACUGGCACUAUCCACCCACCCGCUGGCGCGACGGCGCUGAUCGCAAUCACUAACCCAACAGCUGUGUCUGCUAGCUGGCGCUUCUUGUACAAUCUCCUCGUCAGUACUCUGCUCAUGUUGGGAUGGGCGCUUUUCUGGAAUAACCUUGGCACACGCAGAUAUCCAAUUUGGUGGAUUUCGGAAGACAAGAAGCACUAG